CUCGGUCGCUCAUUCAUUGUAAAGAUCGAAAGAAGCAGGCUAACGAUCCAUCGUCUUUGAAGUCUUUAAUUGGCUCAUGUACCGUACUGGGGAUCUUCUUCCUGCUUCAAGUUUCAGCAUUGCAGGAGCGUCAACUUGUUCAAGCUUCUUCCGCAGAAGGUCGUAAAGCGGACUUUGAGGCCAGGCUAGCAGAGCAUUGUCUAGCAGGAGCAUUGGAAAGGGCGCGCAAAGCAAUUGAUACUUCACUGCACGACGCCCAAUAUGGUGCCUCCAUCCAUCUUCUCGGCUGCCAUCUUCCUCUUUCUGGCAAUCCACGUGGCAUCUCAGGGUCCCGCCCCAGCCCCCGCCCCCGCAGGCACUGGAGUCACCGUGCGCUACUCCUUCAAUGCCAGUUUGGUCCCCCUGUCUCCGGACGGUUUCCAGCGCAACACCAUCGUUCUGACACCGGGGCAGACAGCAGGGCAGGGGCCGCUGAUCGAGUGCAACUCAGGCGACACCAUCAGUCUCACAAUCUUCAACAACCUGCCGUACGAAACAAGCAUUCACUCCCACGGCCUGUGGCAGCGCGGUUCCAACCAGUAUGACGGCGUGCCGAGCGUUACGCAGUGUCCCAUCCCCCCGGGCCAGAGCUUCGAGUACAGAAUACCCACAGUGGGCCAGCACGGGACUUACUGGUAUCACAGCCACUCGCAUGCUCAGUACGUGGACGGUAUGAAAGGCCCGAUCGUGAUCCACGCGACGUCCGAGCCGCAGGCCGCCCUAUACGACGCCGAAUACGUGGUGUCAAUCUCGGACUGGUACCACCAGGAGAGUCCCCCGGUCGUAAACCACUAUCUCCUGGGCACUUCCCUGGGAGCCGAACCGGUCGGAAGCUCGGUGGUUUUCAACGGGGUCGGCCGGUACGACUGCGGACUAAUUGGGAUUAUUCCCGGGUACACGUGCAACACGCCGAAGAACGUGCCGAGCUUCCAGUUCCAGACCGGGAAGAGGUACCGGCUGCGCAUCAUCAACAUGUCCGCGCUGUCCGCGUUCACGUUCGCCAUCGCGAACCACAACCUGACCAUCGUCGAAGCGGAUGGUGAGGACGUCGCGCCAUACACGGUCCCCGCUUUGGGCAUCAACAUCGCGCAGCGCUACUCCGUGGUCGUGACCGCCAACCAGACGUUCGGAAACUACACCAUGUUCGCCGACUACCUGUGCGCCCACAAGUAUCUCAUUCUGCCCGUCAAGGGCCGCGCCCUGGUCCAGUACACCAAUGCCACGCUGACACCUGGCACCAACGCGGCCGGCAACCCCUCCCAAGUGCUUUCCAUGACGUCAGCCCCUGAGUCAUCCGUGCCCGGGACGUCCGACCCGACCACCAAGCUGACGUGCGACAUGCUCGACACCCUGCCCUUGCGGAACCUGCAGCCAUUAUCGCCUCCCGGUAACGGAUGGUCCUCGGCGAACAACAUCACCAGCCUAGUUGCGCAGAAGUCGUACCUGGCGGGGAGCCCGAACGCGGACUCGCUGACAUUUACGAUGGACUUCAACAUGACGCAAACGACGUUGGGGCGGCCGGACCCGCUCAUCAACGGGGUCAACUACCAGCCGCAGCAGACGCCCGUGCUCGCGCAGUUGGCGACUUCGGGGCAGGCCCUGCAGACGGCGCUGUCCCUGCCCAACACUACCAAUGCUUACGUCAUCCCCAGCUCGGUGACCAGCGUCACGUUUAUUCUCAACAACCAGGACGGAGGCGAGCACCCGUUCCACUUGCACGGUCACGUGUUCUUCAUCCUGGGCCAGGGCCCCGGGCUCUUCAACGCGACGCGUGACGUCCCAAACCUGACGUUCAACCGCACCGCCCUCCGCCGGGACACCGUAACGGUGCAGCCCAACGCCUGGGUUGCGUUACGCUUCGCCGCCGACAACCCGGGCGUCUGGUUCGUGCACUGCCACAUCGACUUCCACCUCCUCGCCGGCCUCGCGUUUAUGUUCGUCGAACACCCGGAGCAGCUGUAUACGUAUACGUCCGCCCUCCAAACGGGGCCGCCCAGCCUCCAGGGCCAGUGUAACUACACCCCCGAGGUUCCGUCUACCACGUCGCUCGAUGCGCGGAUUACGACGUUGCUGAACGGGGAAUCGCCGAUUGGGGGUCAGCCGAGUGCGGCGAGUGGAAUCCAGAGUGGGCAGUGGACCGUUGUAAUGGCUAUGCUGCUGGCGGCUGCUUUUGUGGGUGGUUUGUGACGCUGUUUUGAGAGCGAGUCGGCCGUUUCGCAAGCGAGAGAAGAGCGGGAGACUUGGGAUGGUCUGGUCGAACAGAGUGCUUCGUCGAACAGAGUGUUUGGUGGUGUUUUCAAGGUUACCAAACCUAGGUAACGAGCGAGGUGGUUAGAAGCUGAAGCUAUAAUGCGUCUUAUAAGUAGGGAAACAGAUGCUUUGCAAUGAAGCUGGUUAGUGUAAGUUGGUUUCGAGUGACACCGUUUGAUUGAUUGCGUUACACAACCAGGUACAUGGAGCUGCUCAAAGUGCUUGUCUGAAUGUUCAUUGCCGCGGCGCGCUACACAUUGAACCUUAACUUACGAUUCAAGAGGAAAAAGGCAUUAGCUCUGGUUUCAAGAAAGGCAAUGGAGACGGCUUUUGAAUGAAAUACUGGCAGGAUUGGACAAGGUUGAUACUGAACGGGGUCUUUAAAGGUUUCGGUACGUAGCGACGUCUUCUGACCUCCGAUGUUAAAUCUGCG